AUGGCCGUAUCGUGCUCACUGCUAUUCCUCAGCGCGGCCCUCCAGCCGCCUGCGCGGCGCUCGAGGCCGGUGCCCACGCACCGACCAGGAGGCUGGAGCGCGGAUCGUCAGCGUGACUACCAUGCCGCCGUCGCUCACCGCGUGCUCACUCGUGGAGGGCACGGAGGCGAUGGCCGGGCAGUAGCAGGCCUGCCUGGCAUCGAGCAGCUCGACACCGACUACGCUGGCGCUGCUGCAGCCGAUGAUCGGCGACGAGAGUGGCAGGGUAGAAUCGGACGCGACGAGCCGUCCUCCGCGGCUCCGCUCUACUCGUGCGCCGUCUGCGCGCUGACGUUUGACCGCAAGAAGCAGCUCGAGGAGCACCUGGCGGGCAAGAAGCACCGCGCGGCGGAGGCGGCGGCAGCGGGGCACUGGGCCGCCUUUCAGCGCAGCAGCUGGUCCGAGGCGUCGCUCGCGCUCGACGAGCAGCGAGCGCUCGUCACCUGCGCCUUCUCCCUCCCCGCGUUUCUCGACGGCCUCCCGUCGCGAUCGCGUGCGGACGGCUCCGGUGUCGCGCCGCACGUCUUUGCCCAGCUCGAGCGGCAGCACGGCCGCUUCGCGCGCGUCAAGGAGAUUCUCGAGAGCGGCCAGGUGUUUGCGGAGGCGGAGCAGGCGGUCCUGCGCAGCGACCCGGACGCGGUCGUCCAGCGCGGCAAGGCGGCGACACGCAGAGGCCGUUCGUGCUCGCCCUCCGUCCAGCGGGCCGUCGACGUGGCGUGCGGCCACGGCCUCGUCGGUUUGCUGCUCGCCUACCGCUUCCCCGCCCUCUCCGUGGUCGGCGUCGACCGGAGGCAGAGGCCAGCCUACACGGCGUACUUCGUGGAGGGGGAGGCGGCUGAGUUGGUGUCGGGCGAGCCGCGGGUGCGCGUCGACGGCGAGACGUUCGUCUUGUGCGUGCACGGCUGUAACGAGGUGAAUGUGGAGGCGGUGGAGAUGGCGCGGGAGUGCGGCGCGAGUUGGAUGGUGGUGCCUUGUUGCCUGAAGACCGAGCUCUACGUUCAGCUUGAGAGCAUGCGACUCACGGAUGCAAUGCAAUAUGCGUUUCUCUGCGGCUCAAUGGCCAAAGCCUACGGCGCCGAGCGCGUUGCCACGCUGGACGCGCGAAGUUACACGGUGACCCUUACAGCAGGGCUGGUCGAAUAAAGCGCAUGACACAGCCCCGCAUCGACAAAUCUUAUUGAGCGGAAAGCUAGGGGUGGGGCGGCGCGGCGAGCGCGAGGGUGCGGUUUUGCCGGCUCGGCUGGCUCUGGGAGUUAGCGCAUGUGUGCAGCGCUCUACGGCUCAGCCGAGCCAGCCGCCGUACGAGUAUGUGUCGCCGCCACCCUGCUCGCUCCCGAUUCUGUUCUCGAGCAAGCGAGCGGCGGGGCUAGCCACGCCCUUUUGCACAGCUGUCGACGUCGCUCCGGCGACCGCGGACGCCGCGGACGCCGCCCUUUCAGUUUCACCUCCGCCGAGAGAGGCGCGGACGGCUACCUCGGGCUCCGCAUAUGCGAUCUGCAUCACGCUGCCCGUGCCCCGCCCCACCACACCGACCCUGAGGUCGAGAGAGAUGUCGAGCCCCACUGUCACUGCGCCCUUUGCGAGCAGCUCGAGGAGUAGCGUGUUGAGGGUGGUGGCGGGUGCGCGCAGAACGAUCGGGAAGGCGCGGUCCGACGGGCGGCGCGAGACGGCCGCGAGUGCGAGCGGCGGGUCGAGCCGCGGCAUCGUGACGGAGCCAACCUUGGAGCCGCCGUAGACGAUGCCUAUCGAGAUUGCCUGGACCGAAGCCGAGACGUUGAACGGGUUGGAUACGCGGCAGGCCGCGGAGGCGUGGACGACUGCGUCGCCCCACGGGUUUACCAGCUUGCUCGUCACCAAGCCAGUGAGCGCCUGCGGGACGUCCAGCGACAUUGCGAUCUCGUCGAAAAAGUGCGCGCCGCCUGGGCGGCCUGGAAGCGACGUGUCGAGGCGCAGAGACGAGAGCGCGGCAUCAAACAGCGGCUCGCUGGCGGCGGUGAUGACAGCGGUCAACCCUGUCGACGCCCUGCCCGACACGUAGUCAUGGAGCACCGCGCGAAACGCAUCCGACUCCUCGUCGGGGACGGCGAGAUGCCCAGUAAGCGAGAGUGAAGUGACUCCUCUCCGCAUGCUGACGGGUCCGACCGUCGACACCUUUGCGAAGGCCGUGCCGUCGCUUGUCAGGAUGGAGAAGUCGAGCACGCCGAUGGAGAGGAGUUGGAAGGACGACGGGUUCCGGAUGCGCACCCCCAUCGACAGCGCGACGGUGGCGUUGCCUUGGUUUGGCUGAAGCUCGAACGAGUCGAUCAGAGGGUCGAGUCCCCCCGCGCCUCUGAGGUGUAGCCGUUUCACAAGCGAGAGCUGGCGGAAGUGGCCGAGCAGCGGCACAUGCACGUCCACCCAUCCAGCCACGUCGAGCUCGAGCUCCGACUCCUGCACCACCGCAGCGCUCAGGGCCUGGAGUGGACCGAGCCCGAGCGGCACAGCCAUUGGGCCGGCGAUGGUGAUUGGCACCGCACCGCCUCUGUCGAGCGAAAUCCGACCCACCUCCAGCCGGCCCACCACCCCACCACCGUGCAUGACGUCGAGGCUGGCCCCGGUUAUGCUGCAGCCGAAAGGAAGAGGAAUCAGGUCGAGAACGCCUGUCGCCUCGACGAGCAGCGAGCUUCCGUCGCCAGCCGCGAGGCUGAAGGUUUCCAGCUUCAGCACGGAAUUGCCAACGACGGUCUGCACAGCCGACCUCGCAAUCACCAGCACAAAUACGAGGGCGAUGAAAGCGAGGCACAACUGAGUCCGGCGACGAAAGCGAGGCACGGCUGGCUGCGGGUGUUGGUCGUUUGAGUCAGCAGGUCUGUUGUGGGUCCGUUUCUUCGCGAGCGGCGAGCUACAGGCGACGGCAACUGGCAGAACGUCAUGCGACUCAGCCCGCGGCAUGAUGUCGGACGCGCAUAAGGAGAGGAGUCGCUGCAAGGACAGACUGUUUUCUGUGAUCAUCGCUCGGCUGAGGCGGGCAGCGCGCGGAGCGGUUGCUGCACACGUCGAGCUCCUGCAGACCAGCCAGUCAGCGCCCAGUCCAGAGGCGGGCCUUGGUUCCU